AGCCGAGCUCGAAAUGCCCUGUAAGUCUGGUGUUCAGAUUCUGGGCUCAUGCAAUGGAGUCUUACUCUUAGAUAGUGAUAUUGAUGAGGAGUUAUGUUUAUGGAACCCAUCAAUUAGAAUGUAUCAGAAAAUUUCACGACCUAAGUAUACCCGUAGUUCGAUAAAGUAUGCGCUUGGUUAUGACUCUAUUAACGAUGAUUUCAAGGUUGUUGCGGCUGUUACCCCUACAAGUUAUAUCCAUAGUGUUGUUCGUGUGUUCAGUUCUAAACUAAGCUCAUGGAAGAGCAUUGGAGACUUUGGUUACUCUUGUCGUCUUUAUGGGCAAGGGAGUGUUCUGAAUGGGGCACCGCAUUGGUUUGCGCGUGGAAGCACCGAUAUCGAUGUGUGUUAUUUCCGUAUUGCUUGUUUUGAUGUUAUGGAAGAAAAAUUCAAGGAGGUGCCCACGCCUAUAUAUGAAGUCGAGAGUCAUUUCUUUAAAGUAGGUAUUUUGGAUGGAUGCCUCUGUGCGGUUGACAGCCGUCUCGAGAGUCAUUUAGAUGUUUGGGUGAUGAAGGAAUACGGCGUGAAAGAAUCUUGGACCAAGUUGUUUGUUGUAUCAAAUGUGGCACCAAAUGUACCAGGAGAGUCGUUUUUCGAAUACUGUGAGCUGCUGUGUUUCACAAAGGAUGGAGAGUUUGUAUUGAGGUUGAAGUUAGGGGCGUCGGUGAAGUUAGCGAUCUACAAUCCAAAACGAAAAACUUUCAAGAGGAUUGGGAUGCCUCAGAAUUGGAAGGGGUUUGAUGUUGAUUUAUAUGUGGAGAGUCUUGUUUCACCUCUGGGCUGCAACAACCCUAGAAGGUACUGAUAAUAAGACGAAAAUGGAAGAAAAAGUUGGUAAUUCAAAUUACCAAACCAUUGUUUUCGUUUUUCUUUCAUUUUGCAUAUGUAUGUAUUACGCAACUUGUGUGUAAAUACUCUUUUGUUGGUGCAAGCUCGUUCUCCUGAUCAGUGUAAAUGUACUUCAAAAAAAACUAUAGUAUCUGGUAUUUUCUCGUCGA